AUGUGGAACAUCUCCAACGCCAGCUUCUCCUGCUACCACGAGUCUGUGGUGGGCUAUCGUUACGUUGCUGUCGUCUGGGGGGUGGUGGUGACUGUGACAGGAACCGUGGGCAACGUGCUCACCCUGCUGGCCUUGGCCAUCCAGCCCAAGCUCCGUACCCACUUCAACCUGCUCAUCGCCAACCUCACAUUGGCCGACCUGCUCUACUGCACCCUUCUCCAGCCCUUCUCAGUGGACACCUACCUCCACCUGCACUGGCGCACGGGCGCCACCUUCUGCAGGGUCUUUGGGCUGCUCCUUUUCACGUCCAACGCUGUCUCCAUCCUCACCCUCUGCCUCAUUGCCCUGGGACGCUAUCUCCUCAUUGCCCACCCAAAUCUCUUUCCCCGAGUUUUCAGCGCCAAGGGGAUUGUGCUAGCACUGGUGGGCUCCUGGGUGGUGGGGGUGGCCAGCUUUGCCCCCCUCUGGUCCGUCUAUAUCUUAGUCCCUGUAGUCUGCACAUGCAGCUUUGACCGCAUCCGAGGCCGGCCCUACACCACCAUCCUUAUGGGCAUCUACUUUGUGCUCGGGCUCAGCAGUGUGGGCAUUUUCUAUUGCCUCAUCCAUCGCCAGGUGAAGCGCGCAGCAAAGGCGCUGGACCAGUACAAGCUGCACAAGGCAAGCAUUCGCUCCAACCACGUCGCUGGGACAGAUGAGGCCAUAUCUGGUCGUUUCCAGGAGCUGGACAGCGGGCUGGCAUCAGGAGUGCCCAGUGAGGGGAUUUCUUCUGAACCAGUCAGUGCUGCCACCACCAAGACUCUGGAAGAGGACUCAGCAGAAGUGCAGGGGCAGAACAACAGCAAACAAGCUAAGCAGACGGCAGAGAAAAGCCCUCAAGGCGCGCCCACUAACACCAAGCCAACUAGAGGAGUCCACAGAGCUCAGGACUCUCCGUCAGAGUUUGGGAAGGUGACUCGGAUGUGUUUUGCUGUGUUUCUCUGUUUUGCCCUCAGCUACAUCCCUUUCUUGCUGCUCAACAUCCUGGAUGCCAAGGUCCAGGCGCCCCGGGUUGCCCACAUGCUUGCUGCCAACCUCACCUGGCUCAAUGCUUGCAUCAACCCUGUGCUCUAUGCAGCCAUGAACCGCCAGUUCCGCCAAGCCUACGGCUCCCUCCUAAGACAAGGGCCCGGGAGUUUCCGUCGGCUCCGUUAGAAGCAUCU